AUGUCUAAAGUGGAGAUGGUAAAGUGGGGUAAGUUCUGUGUGGUUAUCCCAGAGGAACCCCUUCAGUGUGCUGUUGAUUUUUUUACAGAGGAGGAAGAGGACAACGCUUCUGUGAAAAUGGAAGAACAAAGGAAGAUGAGUCAGGAAAGUGUGCAUCACACCUCAGGUGAUAAAAGCACUGAUUACGCUAAUUUUUACCAGGGUCUGUGGGACUGUACAGGAGCACUUUCUGAUGAGUUGUCAUUUAAGCGUGGUGAUGUGAUUUACAUUCUUAGCAAGAAUGCUGUGUCGCCUGAGCAGGUAGAUGUCCAGAAACCUCCCACGGCCAGCCAAGCUGCACCACCUGAAGCUGUUUCUGCUCCGAGGGGAGAAGAUUUGGAGCUUUUCCCCUCUGAAGCCUGUCACCCUCUCUGGAAAGAGCACCUCCUACAGUGAAAGUCAUCUGGCCACCACAGAAUGCCCCACAUCUGCUCUUCACGGAAACACUGUCCACUCCACUGCUCCCUGUUGUUGCAGUCAAGGUCCCUAAAUCUGUGGACAUCAGCCAGUCAGCCAUGAUCCUGCACAAACACCACCCAAUGUGUUCUUUCUUUUGUUUCCACCUUUUCCCCCCAAAUAAGGACUUUUGUACAACCCGUCAGAGUUUUCUUUCCUCUGCAUUUGCCUGCUCCAUACGCAUUUCCUAUUUGUGACUGUAGCUUCCCAACCUUGCCUGUGGCAGCUGAAGUGGGGUAGCCAGGGAGGCCCCUCUGCUCUCCCAGGGCCUCCACACUGUGGGCAGAACCCAGAUGGAGCUGCCCUUUGCCUAUCGUGGUUCCUACUGCCCUGCACCUGACCCUGGAAGGACACACCAUCCUAGGAAGACAGCAUGUGAAACAAACCUCACCACCUCACCACACUAGUUUCCCAGGAAGUACAGCAGGCCCAGGAGAUGACAGGCCACAGCCUCUCCUCCUGCCACCCAUGGGGAGGCACCCAAGCCUGUGUCACCUGUGUGACCCAGUAACCUGUAUAUUUCUUGCCUUUUCUGUGGGACUUCUUUCUCAUUCUCUUCCUCCUGCAUGGCAGGCUGAACAGUUGGGUUGCUUCAAAAGCCUGCUUCCUUCCCUCUUGUGCUCACAAGAUUGAAUGGCAGUGGUGGAUCCCUGGUGCCACCCUCUCUGAUCUAUCCAAGGAAGGGUGAUGCAGGAGGACUUGGUGUACCUGGUGGUUUCAGAUGGUAAGGUCUUCAGGAGAGAUGUGCAAAGAAAGUUAUUGUUUAAAAGCAAAUGACUUUCCCAAGUUUAAAUUAAAUGGAUGCUUAGGGGUUAUCUACCUUUCCUUUACACUUAACAGAAAGCUUCUCACUAUAACAAAGGUAUAGUACAGAAAAGUUUUUGCCCAGGAUGAUAGUUUUCAGAGGGACAUUGUGCCUGACUGGGACCAGCAGCAGCAUCACCUGGCCUCAGGUGAGGCUCAGGAGGGCAGUGCCUACACAGGCUCUUCCCCAUCCUGUGGGCACCCAUCCUUGGUUUGGUUCUCCCAAACAGUCUAAAGAAAAUGGGCCUUUCCGUCAACUAACAUCCCAGCAGCCUGCUUCUUUCCUCUCUAGUUUGUCCCAGGUGAGGCCUGCAGCUGCAGCUGAUAGCCAGAAUUGGAGGUGUGCAGGAUCGGGGAGGAGAUGGGGCAGCCAGGUCAGGGAACUGUGUGGGCCCAUCAGUGUGUGGCCGAGAGGGCCCUCAGCAGCCCUCACUCUGCCUCUCUCUCUUCCUCACAUGUCUGCUUUUCUGGGUUGCGCAGGAGGAGCAUCCAGCCCAGGUGUGUGGCUGGGUUUCAAAUCCAGCUUUGGGAUGAGUCAACAAUUCAGACAUCCUAGUUGUUGCUUCAGGGCAAAACUGACCCAGAUGAUAGGAACAGCAAAAGGCAGCCCCAUUCUAAAUUCAAACCUGGGAUGUCCCCUCUGAAGUCCAGCCAGAAUUCUAUAGGGAGCUCAGUUACUCUUAGCUGUGUCCCCUGUGCCCUUCAAAGCUGUGGAUGACCAUGCCGGUAAGAUGGCAAGUUCACUCAUACUCUGUAUUCUGGGUACAGUUGUGAGUGGUGUCCAAAUGUGUUGUUUCACAUGAACUUGGACUUGAUGUGCCCUAUAAUGAAGAGGGCACUCAUUGUUUUCAGCACUUGUGGAUGGAGCUCCCUUAGCAUUUUAUAGGCAGGUGAAUUUGGUAAGAGAAGACACUUUGGAAUAAAACACAUCUUCGGGAGUUUGAGUGUGCCUUCCUAUGGGUUGGUGUGCCCAUUGGUCUUUCACCUGGAAAUAGCCUCAAAUUGACAACCAGAGGAGACUCCUGGCAUUUGGAGGAGCUUCACGUGCUCCUGAGCCAUCUCAUGGUGGGCAGAGAAUGGUCCUUGGGGAGAAGAGUGUGAAUGUGGCCAUUCUGCUGCUUUCCCCUGUGCUGAAGAGAGGUUCUGGAGGAUGGAGGCCCACAAACAUAAUGGGAAGGUUUAGGUGGGUUUUUAAAAAUCAGUUUUCAUGGCCACACUGCUACUAUAUUCCCCACUAAGGUGUAAGCAGCUGUGUUUUCAACAGAGACCCACUUAGCUCUUAAAGUCACAUUUACUAUUUCUCUGAUUUAAUUAUCAACUAGCCAGAUGUUUCUAACUGUCCAGGUAGCAGUGUAAGGAUUCACCCAACCUCUCCUUGGCCAGGUUGAGGUCAUCACAUGAAGAUCUCUGUCAGCUUUGGUCACCUAGCACAUGCAUUUUUUUUUUUAUGUUUUGCAUUAAGAAAAAUAAAACACAUCUUCGGGA